CUCAGCGCCCGGGCCCCGGCAAGCACCAUGGCGCUCCGCUCCCUCACGCUGCUCUGCGCUGCUGCUGGCGCGUCUGCCGGCGCAAUCGAGCUGACCCCUGACAACUUCGACGAGCUGGUCCUCAAGUCGGGCAAGGCGGCCUUCAUCAAGUUCCUCGCGCCUUGGUGAGGCCAUUGCAAAAAGAUGAAGCCCGAUUGGGAUUCAUUGGCCUCCACUUUCGAGGACUCGAAGAAGGUCCUCAUCGCUGACGUUGACUGCACCACGGGCGGCAAGCCGUUGUGCGAGAAGUACGGCGUGCGCGGGUACCCGACCAUCAAGUACUUCAACCCUCCCGACGAGGAGGGCGAGGACUACAAGGGCGGCCGCAGCCUCGACGAGCUCAAGAAGUUCGCCGAGAACGAGUUGGGGCCGGGCUGCUCUGUCGACUUGAUGGACAACUGCUCCGAGGAGCAAAAGGGCAAGCUGAAGGAGUACAUCGACAUGGCGCCCGAGAAGCGGACCGAGAUGCUCGAGACGCUCAAGAAGGAGCUCGCCGACGCCGAGUCCACGCACGAGGCGCUCCUCAAGGAGCUGCAGGCGACGUACAAGGAGUCGAUGGACAAGCUGGAGAAGCUCAAGGAGGAGUCGGCGCCAAAGAUCAAGUUGCUCAAGGCGGCGACCCCCGCCCCCAAGGCGGAGGGCGCCAAGGACGAGGUUUGAGCCCGGGCGGGGGCCCCUAUUUUGCGUGCCGUGUCUGCCCGCGCCCGAGGCGGCGGGCGCGCGCGCGUGGUCCACGCGCAGGACCUGGUUUGCGAGGUCAAGGGGGCGGUUGCCGCCGCCCCUCAGUCGCCCGAGCGGGCGCGCGCUAUGAAGCUCGAUCCCAUCAAACCCGUGCCAUACGGGCGGUAUCGAGCGGAACUCAGCGCGCCCCUCGGGCGAUGCCGGCUGUCGCCACUCCUGCGCCGGGCCGCGUUCGUGCCGCGCGCCGCCUCGGGCGUCGGCGUUGAUCGUAGCUGUCUUUAAUUAAACACGAUAAACCACUUUUUCCCU